GCGGCCGCCGGUGGCGCUGGCGGGCGCGCCAGUCGUACGCUCGCGCCUAUCGGGGCGGUUGUUAGUCCGGUGUCUCAUUUUAUCGUAGCUCUACACGCAGCCGUAUUCUGAUUUAUUGGAUUUGUAUUUUUUCUGACAGUGCAGGAAUUUUUCAGAUCGGAUGAGGAUAAUAAUGUGAUGUGUAAAAUUGAUCUGUGCCGGUACUGUGGUGGCAUUGAGUAAACUCGCGGAAAUUCGCUUUUCGGGGAAAGUGUUUUUCUUGUGUGAGACGCCGGUGGGACCGGCAUCGGGCGGGCGCGUGCUCGUAGUGGCGGGUCGGUGGAUGGUGCGGCGCGGGCGGGCGCCGGGGCGCGGCCGGCGGCGCCGCUAGCAAAAUGUCGAUACCCCUGGGCCGGGAGACUGUGCUCCCCACACAGUGCAUGGCGCGAGCGUUGUACGAUAACAUAGCCGAGUCGCCGGACGAGCUGGCCUUUCGUCGCGGCGACCUCCUUACGGUGCUAGAGCAAAACACGGGCGGCAGCGAGGGUUGGUGGCUGUGCUCACUCAGAGGCAGACAAGGAAUAUGUCCGGGAAACAGAUUAAGGGUGGUGGCGGGUGUGUUCGAUGCCAGCGCCGCGAUGCAGAGGCGGCGCACGCGCACCCCAGCGCCGGUAGCUCACCAGCCAUUACCGACUCAGCAAUCACCGCCUUUUACUAAAAUCGAGGAAUGUUCACACUAUGAUGUUCCACGUGCUCCUAUGCCAGUGCAGCGUAUUGUGAUGUAUGAUUGCCCGCGAGCACAAGCUGAUUGGUAUGACGCACCAAGGGCACCACGGCCCGCCAGUGCGGAUUCAGCUUGCAGCGGAACCGGCUCACUCACGUCAGCUACAUCAAGCGCCUCCGCCAACAGUGGUAGCUCGCUUCAUUCAGCGGCGUCUGCUUCGAGUACAUACGACGUGCCACGGUCGCGAGCCUUACCUUUACCGUGUGAUGCUGCUUUAGAAGCCCUGGAAAGAUUACAGGAAGAGGCGUCGGCAGCGGUGUCGCGGCUACUGUCGUAUGUGUGCCCGGGCUGGCGGCGGCGCGGCGCUCUGCGACCGCGCGUGCUGGACGUGCGCGUGGCGGGUGCGCGUCUGCGGGCCGCCCUGCACGACCUUGCCGUCUUCGCGGACGCCACGCUGGCCAACGCGCACGAUGCACAGGACAAAGGUAUCGCAGUCAAGCUACGGCCGCUGGUGAAGGCGCUAAAAGACGCGGAACGCAUAACCCACGAGGCGACGAGUGCGCUGGACGCGGGCGACUGGGCGCCCGAGCGGCUGGAGCGCGACCGCGAGCCCACCGACGGCUCGCUGGACGCGCUCGACCAGCUCGUCGCGUGCGCACGAUCACUUACCGAGGACGUCCGCCGGGCCGCCUCCUUCAUAAACGGCAACGCCUCGCUGCUGUUCAGACGAUCUGCGACUGUGCCAGAGCACGAAUGGACGGAAGAGUAUGACUACGUGCGACUAGAGUCGCGGACUUCGAUCGGUAAACGCAACGCAGAGAUCCGCGCCGCACUGCCUGAUAAAUUAAGGGCUUCCUUCGAUGCGUUAGUGCGAGACGCUGAUCAUGCCGGCGAGGUGAGCGCAGUAGCGGCAGCGGCACGAUUGCCUGCGGACGACCGCGCAUUAGCGGCGUUCUACGCGGCGCAGACGGCCACGUACGGCGCCCACCUGGCCACCGCCGUGGAAGCGUUCCUGCGUACCGUCGACAUGGGCCAACCGCCAGACGUGUUCCUCGCGCACGGCAAGUUCGUCGUGUUGAGCGCGCAUCGCAUCGUGCACGUGGGCGACACUGUGCACAGGAGUGCCCAACACGCCGGGCUCAAAACGAAAGCUCUGAGGUGUUCCGACGCGCUGUCGGACGCGCUAGCGACGACGGUGGCCAAGACCAAGGCCGCGGCGCAGAAGUUCCCGUGCGCGAGCGCGGUGGCCGAGAUGGCGGAGGCGGCGCGGGCGCUGGCGGCGCGUGCGCAGGAGCUGCGCCGCGUGCUGGUGCGCGCCGCCGACCCGCCGCCCGCGCCCCGCGCCGCCGACCCGCCCACGCCCGCCACCGCCGUGCCGCCCUCCGCGCCCUCCACGCCCCUCACGCCGCUCACUCCGCACUCCCCGCACACCCCGCACACGCCGCACACGCCGCACGCCCCCUCCGCGACACCCUCGCUGGCUACUCUGCAGAUAUAAGCCGUAUGUCGGCGUCCAGUCGACGCGGGCACGCGGGUGAAAUGAGCGCUGCGUCAUCGCAUGUGAAUCCUUAGCAUUCGAGUGUCAUCUCUCUCCGACGAGUUGCGGAGUCUCCGGGGCGACACUUGGAGUGUAAGUGUGCGAGGAGAACACUUCGCCGACGAGAUGGCGCGGAAGUUGAAGCACCCCGAUGGCGACGGCCGUCGGGCCGGGUCUUCCUUGCGCGGCCACCGAGGUAGGAAACCGAGGGGCGCGCAGCAUUACCAAAGAAAUUUGUCUAGAUACGACGUACAAUACGAUAACGUAGACUGCCGACGUGUGACGAGUUUUAACGAGUUUCUAUUUAGAUGUUACCUAUAAAUAUAUCUAUGGUAUAAAACGAAGGCUGCCAUAAUUUAGAAAUCUUCAUUUUUUAAAACGGAGUUCGCAAUAGAAUAGCGACUUUUUUAUUACUGGAUGCUCAUUUUGCCGUAGUGAGUUGAGUUGUCCGUCCAGUUUUAUACAAUUUUGCAACAGUAUCGUAAAUAUUUGUAGAAUGUGUAUGUGGAUAUGAAUGUGCGACAUUAUUUUGUCGCGCAGUAAGUAGUUCUUUAGUUUUACAUCGAUUGAAUGAGUCUCGAGACGCGUUUCAUCACUUGUACCAUUUUAUAGUACUUAGUAUCGUUAACGCAUUUUAUAACUGAUUCAAACUGCUUGUACAUUCUUGUAUGAGUACUGUUUAGAACGACGCCUAACUACUGGCAACUAUGUAUGUUUUUAAAAGAAAUAUAUCAGUUUUACUAGUUUUAUGAAUAUAAUUCAUAUCGAUACGUUCCUUGUCUGAUUGAAUGCUCAAUACAAUAUUUUACUAAAAAUCAAUAAACAAUAUGCAAAUAUGAAUAUGUAGAACAUUUUAUAUGGUCAAAUCAAUGGCAUCUGGCCUAUGAAGAUAAACAACCGCUACUAUCUACAGAGCUACUAAUUUGGUAAUGAAGAAUUGUGCUACAUGAAGAGAUUUCGAGUAUUAUGAUGCCAUACAUAUUUUUGAAUUGAAUAAUAAAACGAAUACAAGACCUACUUAAAAAUAGAAUAGCCUGCUAGCAAAUGUAACGCAAUCUGCUCUGAACAAUCAUGACUGACUCGACAAAUAGCAAUUUGUGCUCAAUUACUUAUAUGUUAAAGCUGAUCAUCAUUAAUAUACUUGUGGCUUGUCGUUACUUACUGUAUGUAUGUACGUACCUACAUUUUGUACUUUAUACAAUAUAAGUAGAUAGAUGUAGGAUAGAUAUGAUAUCAGUGUAAAAAGCAUGUUGUAAAUUAGUGAUGUGUAAUAUAUUUAUAGGUGUCGUAGUUUAGUUAGGUAUAGAUGAAAUUGUACAAAUGCAUAGGUAUGUAUUAAAAUAAUGAUUUUAAUAUUGAACAGUAAUUUAAUCAUCUUGUAAAAGCGCAAUCAAUUAAAAUAUACAAAUUUUCGUAUUUAAAA